GACUCGCGCGGACGGUCACAGAACCGCUGAUCUCGUGUGAGCCUUCAUGGUAAGGUCAUAACAAUUGCAUCUUUGCCUCAAAUUUCGAAACGGCUAGCCAUUUCUUGCCUUAUUUCUGUAAACACUAGACACAUAACUCACCGAGGUUUUCAAGUUUUGCAAACUUCAUCAUGGAAACUCCUCCUCACGAUUUACCAACUGGAAGGCGUCAGACAAGAAGUGCUUUGUCAGAAAUACCUGCGCGCAUGGGUCUCCUUACCGUCACUGAUGAAGCUGCGACUGCUAUUGGAGAUGCUUUGACACCGUUGAAUGGCCGAUUCAGUCUUGGUGGCUUAUGGAACAUCAAUACGAAUUUGCCACCCUCGUACAUUAGUCCUUCACCAUCCCCAGAUGAGCUUGUUAUCCUUCAACGAGGAAGACGUAGAGUUCCAGUUACAUGGAGUCCUGACAUUGAUGCCACUAAACAGGCUGCAGAGAGCAUGCGAGAUUGCACACCAGUUAAAGGCAGUGGCCCUAACAGCCCCCUGAAGAAUGCUGUUGUACGUCGCAGUACUCCACGGAAAAGGCUCAUGUUGAGUGACCCCAAGGAAAUGAUUUGCUCUCCUGACAAAACUAAAACACGGCCAACUGCUUCACCCAACCCUAAAAAGACCAGAGUCGAAAGGGUUGGCCUGAAGAGUUUCUCUGGCACUUUGCACGCAGCCUUGAAGGGUCUCUCUCAAGAGCAGCUAAUUGAUGUUAUCCAAAGUUUGGUUGAGAAGCAUCCUAACUUGGAAGAUGAAAUGAAGGAGUCUUUGCCAGCCCCAGACUUAAAACCUCUUGAGGAGAGGCUCAACUAUCUAAAGAAGAACAUCUUCAAAUCUUUGCCAACCUCUCGGCUCACUUCCAAGACUGAUUCCCCAGCAUACAGCCGUGCAGCUACUCAUGUGACAGAUUUUAAGAAAUGUGUCUUGGAUCAAGGUAGAACUCUCUUAAACUCUGAACAUUGGGAUGCUGUCAUGGAUUAUGUUCUUCUGGCUUGGUCAUAUGUCCGAGCUACUCCGUUGUGGGACAACCCACCUCACAAUGCUGCAAGAAGACAGUGUUUCAAGGCUUUGGCAAGUCAGUGUAUGACAGCUCUUAAGAAGGGCACUUGGACAACCGAACAAGCAUCAAGCCUCAAAGAAAAACUUGAUGGAUUUGUGUCUGACAGUGAAGAUAUUCAUUCGUGCCUCAAGCAGCUAGAUACUAUGUGCUCAUAGCAAACAUUGCUAUCACAUGAGCUUCCCCAAAUUGUUUAUUAUGAAAGGAAACUCUUAUUUCUUUGAUUUUAUAUAGUGUGGUUGUUGCCAUUAAUUUGAUUUACCAUUGAACAUGGUAAUUCUGUGUUCAUAGACAAAUUCAAUGAAGUUUUCUAAUUAAUGUAUGAAUUGUGUGACUAGGGUAUAAUGUAAAAUUUUGUUAAUUUUACCACAUGUUUACAAUGAUUUUGUGUGGUCGGUUGUAAUGUUUGUAUCUUAUAGCUGUUCCUGAUUUUUCACAUAAGGAUUUUCCCAUCACCUUGGCUGUUGGUUAAAAGUCAAUUUUGUUUUUAAAGUGAUACAAUUCAAAAGUGGCCUUACCCCAUUGAAAUACUGUAGUGAGACUGACAGUGAAUGUGUGAGAUAAUGCAUGUAAUAAUUUGGCCAUAUGUCAUGCAGAUAAGUGUUUUUUAACUAUUCAAAAUUUUUAUUUGACUGAUGUGAGGGAAGUAGAAGUUUUCAAGGCCUAUAAUGUUUUUACCAACUUUUUAAGAAGUAAUAUUUUUUUUGAAAGGUUUAAUCUUAUUGUCUGAUGUUUUCAACUAAGUCUACUCAAGGCUUUUUCUUUCUUUCAGUAAUUUAUUGACAUCACCAAAUCUUCUUUGUUCACUUAGUCUCAAGACUCCAUGGGCAUGGUUAUGAACAUGUUGACAUUUUUAUACUUUUCAGAUUUUAAGGUGCCUUGAUAUGCAAUUAAUUAUUGUGGCAUAACAUUUUCUUUUGCAUUGUGAUUCUGGAAUAUCUAGACUUCAAAUGUGCUGUGUGGUGUUUUUGAUUGUAUACGCUUACCAUGUGCCGAUUUUGUGUUGUACUUUUAUCCAAAGUUUUAGAAAAUGUGGCGCAAGUUCACAAAAGCAUGUGCAUUUUGUGUUAAAAUCUGAUAUUUUCCAAAAUAAAUUAUUAUUCUUACACAUGUG